UAUUUGCAUGUGGUAUAUAUAUAUAUGUAACUAACCCUGCAAUUUCACAGACACAAACACAGAGAAACAUCUACACAUUCUUUAUUUUUCUUUUCUUGCCAGGUCAGACAAAUGGAGCUAGCGAAGCAAGCUAUUCUGAAGGGAACGAAUCUCGCGUUUGCUAAAUGCGAGUGUUGCGGACUGACAGAGGAGUGCACGGAGGAAUACAUAAAGCGCGUGCGUGACCGUUAUUCGGGCCGUUGGAUUUGCGGGCUUUGUUCGGAGGCGGUGAAGGAAGAGGUGCAGAGGAGAACAGAUGACGUGAUCGAUAAAGAGCAGGCUUUGAUUCAGCACAUGAAUUUCUGCAAGAAAUUCAACAAUUUAUUAUUAAUCCCACCGAAAAAUCCCACUCAAGAAUUGAUUUCUGCGGUUAAACAGUUGCUUCUGAGGAGCUUGGAUUCGCCUCGGUCCAGCCCCGUGAGGAAGAGGUGUAUGGUUCGAUCCGAAAGCUGCUUCUCUGCUCUGAAUUCUUGAAAAAAUAAAAGUGAGAUGAAUUGAUUAGUUUUGAUGAUUAUAAUUACUAAAUAUCGUUGUGAGAAUUAAGUGACUCAGUAGUUGCUGCUUACGCGUUAGCAUCGAAACAACAAUGUUAAAACGAUGUUAUGAAUUGUUCAUCCUUCGCCAAAGUCUUAAACACAAACCCUCGUUUUUUUUUCUUCUU